AUGACGAGCGCGGAAUUGGAUCGGACGGUGCGCGUCACGAUCAACCCCGUUCCGCCGGAGCACGCUUCGGAUGGCGAAACAGUGCACGCGAUUGUGCCGCUGCUGUACUACAACGUCAAAACGGGCCCAACAUAUGAGCAGCGUGAUCGGCUGCUCAAGCUCGUCUGGCAGCUUUCGCGCAAGGGCGGGCACGAGUAUUGGGUGCAUCUUCUUGAUCUUAGCCGCCUGGCUAGUCAACAUCAUCUCAGCCCGUACAGCCAGCUGAAGCACGGAGCGCGAGGUGAGUGGCGGCGAUAUGAGGAUUGAUUUCCUUGCAAGUUGCUUACUGCUCGAUUUGCUCUCUUUCAUCCGGAGAAGGUUCUCCCUAUGGAUAUGUGCCCUUCACGAUGCUGCAUCCCCGCAUCGUCGAUGCAACACUGCGCAAGCAGGAGGAGAACGAAGCUAAAUCAGCAGCGUGGCUUCUUUCCAAACGGCAGAGAAGGCAUGAUGAGCUCCGCGCGGCGGCGCAUCAGCGAGCUUCAGAAAGUCCAACCAGCUCCGAGACAAGCAUGGACCUGGACAAAGUUGCUCUCAGUCCGCCCUGCGGUAUCAAGCGGCCGCACUCUGCGAGCUCCGCCAGAGAUGAGAGCGCUCGCACAACCCCGCGGCUCGCGACUGCAGCCGACCUCACUUUGUCCACGAGCCUUGGCGCUCAGGCACGGCAAGGCGACCAAAUCUCACCCAAUGGCAUGGGGCAGUCGCAUCAGUCUGUCUCAAGCCCCAGGGUGGGGUCGACGGAAUCUGGUGGAGGCCUCGGAUUGCAAAUAGGCGAAGGAUCCAACAGCCAGGCACAGACACCUCCUGAAGCUCGUGCAGGCAGCCAAGUUGCCGUAGCUGGACCUCUCGCGUGCGAAGUGUUACUGACACAAGAGAGCGAGCAGCGACGCGGAGAGAAUGGCGCCGCGAGCAGCGUCAACGACGCAACACGCCCCACUGGUGUCACGGUGGCAUCCAUGUCUCAAGAAGCGCAGCAAGCUCUGGCAAUGAAGACUAGCGACACGCAUCCCAUCACGUACGUUUGCGGCGCGACUUUGCCUACAAUCGUUACAGACGCUUACUUGCACAUCUUUUGCCCUACAGUAUUAGCCCUAUCAUACCGCCUGACAUGCUGGCAGAGAUUUCGCAAAUCGUCCUGAACAUCUUGCCCGCGUGUGUAGAUGCCGCUUUCAAAACGCCAGAAGAGCGCCAGAAAACGUUAAAGGCGGGACAUACCAGCCCCCAUGCUGGCGGUGGAGCUUUGCACGAAGUGCCAACGCCGUCGGUCGAUGCUCGCGACGUUCACGUGUCUCGGCAAGCGCGCGGCGAGAAGUUGCUGCGAUUACCGCCCAGCUUGGACAUGGUGCAAGUGGGCAAGACGGUGGAGAAGGAGACAAUCGAGGCCGCGAAGAAGGCAUAUGAGGCGUCUCAGCCAUCUCGUCCAUUGAUCAGCGCAACCGCGAACGGCACGAAUCCGGUGGAAUCAGCAGCCGGCGAUGCUACGCUCCAAGCGAGCGGAGCAGUCGCACCCGCGCAUAGCGCCGCUUUACCGGAAGAUGUGCAAGCGCAGGCAAGGGCUGAAGGCCAAGCUGAGGCAAAGGGACGGUCCACUGAAGAAGAAGCACAUCGACCUUCCAUGGGCAACAUGCUUUUGUCUUCUUGUCCGGGAAAGAAAGUGCGUCUAACGGGCCCUGUGCGUGGCAGAGGCGCCAUUUGUCGAGACCUUGGACUGGACCUGAAGCGCAUUCGAGGACUCGGUGUCGGUGUGGUCGUUUGCUGUCUAGAUGACACCGAGCUCGCUUUCCUCGGAGCGCCUUGGGAGGAGUACGAGCGAGAGGCCGAUCAGUUGGGCAUGGACGUGGUUCGUCUGCCCAUGGCAGAGGGCUUUGCUCCAACGUGUGCCAAGACGAUCGACGCGGCGAUGACAUCCAUCGUCUCGGACUACACGCUCAAAGGCGUGCAUGUCCUGGUCCACUGCCGAGGUGGUGUUGGCCGAGCUGGCUUGAUCGCGUGCACUUGGAUGUACAAGCUAGGCCUUGUUGGCUCAAAGUGCGAAGCUCUGGCAACGGCACCGGCACGAGCUGCAAACGAGGCAUCGGCAGACUCGACCGAAUCCGACGCUGAGCGGCUGAUCUCGACUGUGGAGCGGCUUAUAGAGACAAUUCGCAGAAGGCGCAGUCCCAAGGCUAUCGAGACGGCCGAGCAAGUGGCCUUUAUCGUUGAGGUGAGUCGCAUUGCCACACAAUUGCAGAUCGCCAUGCACCUUUUCCCCAGCAAUGCUGACGCAUGACCAUCAACAUUAGUACGUCAAUUACAUACACCGACAGGAGCACGAACACGCGCGUCUAAGCUGCACGGACUCCAUGUCGUAA